AUGUAUAGCCCGUUUGGGGGCCUUAUUUGGCUGCUCUGUCGACGUCGCCCGGGUUGGGUGCAGGAACUUUCUGAAAAUAAUAAAAAGAGACACACUAAAGGAAGCAUUCGAAGUCCGAAGAGACGGUUGCGCGACAAGUUGAACGGAGAAGUUGAUAUAAAGGAUAUCUUCUAUACUAAACAAACGUGGAAUGACGAUAUCGAGGCCAUAAACAUGCCGGAAGAACGGGAUGGAGAGGAAGCUCCGGCAGAAGAAGAUGAUGAAGUGGAAUACAGCACGACGACCAUUCGUCUGGCCUUAGAGGGAGUCGAGUUAACCGCCAACUUCGACCUGCUGGAUCAUCUGAAAAGUGACCAACAAAGUUACGCUGGUACUCGGGCUGAUGUGAGACGGGCCUCGAGCUGGUUGGCUCAGUCACUUAUCUGGCCCCGGCGUCAGCGCAGGCUGAGAGCGCCAUGGGCGACGGUGUCUGGCGAAAGUCUGGUGUUGGCAGUUCCCAGUCGAGCUGUCGCUCAGUUGACUCGUCCCCAAAGGGCCCUGCAGUGGAUGGAUGCUGGCAUAAGCGAGGUGAGCGACAGAGCAUGA